AUGGCAGAUGUGGUUGAUACUCAUUUUUCAGUGCGAGUACUGACUACUGCACUCCACUUAUCAGUAACCAUGUCUGCACUGGCCAUUCCCAUCUCCAAAGACGACUUUGAGCAGGCCAUUUCCGAAUUGCCCGAUGAUGCGCUCUUCACUGUGAAACUGGAAUUGGAGACGGCUUUGCUGAAGUUGUCAGAAACGAAUGAUUUGCUAGAGGCAGAACUUCCCGAGGCCAAUGCUGAUGAUCGAGUGAUAUACACGGAGGCAAUUGAGGAGAAUUUGCCGGUGAUCAAGAGUAAGAAUGAGCGGUUGGAGAUUUUGAAAUUUGAGAUGAAAGUGAGGGGGCUUUUGAAGUAG